AUGGCUCCAGCAACGAGAUCUUUGAGGAGAGAUAAGGUGGAGAGUUUGGUGGAUAGUACAGAGGCUGCCGCGGAUCAGCUUAUCAAUGGGGAUUCGAGCAACUUGGAGACGAGUGAUGAUUUGGAUGAAUAUUAUUUGAGGAGGGAGUUGGAACGAGAGAGUGAGGGGAGCAUGACUAGAAAUUCGAAGCUGGCUCGUUCGAUGCCUGCCGAUUCUGGACGCGCACCGCGAUCGCAAUCGACAAUGCCCGAUCUUUUGAGGUUUCCUGUCGUGGUGAUUCUCACUUCGGUGAUGAGUGGGUUGGCUUAUAGUUUGAGAGCGAGUUAUUUGGAUGGUGGGGAGUUGGGGAGGGUUAGCAGGUCGCAGGAGGGUUGGGAUGAUUUUGGCAUUUUGUUUACGUGGAGGACUCUGGAAUUGGCUUUGGGCUGGUUUGGAAAUUAUGAUGGGUAUGAUCUUGCGGCUUUGAGUGUGUUGUCUCGUGGUCCUCCGUUGUAUCUUCUAGGCACAUUCUAUGAAGUUAGCUUGAAGACUGUUUUGACUUCUCUUCUCAUCGAUACUCUCACAACUUAUAUCCCCUUCCGAUUACUCCGACCUCUCUCCCCCGCUCAUGCAGACUCUCCAUCUGUCCCAAAUCGAGAUAUUACUUCGGAUAUUCCCGUUCAAGUCAUUACUACACUCCUAGCGGCAUCUAUCUACAGCGUCACUCUCUAUUGUGCAUACAUGUCGUACUUGCCAGUUUACCUCGCCACCUAUUUCGAAGGUAUCCCAUCUAUUGCUGCCGCCUACUCCGCAACUCCCACCUCUCUCCUUCCCGUUACAUUCCUCUUGGGUCUCGCGACACGUUCAUUCAUCUUCACACCAGCUACCGCUACCAAACCCUCAGACUCGAAGGCCGAACCUUUCAAUCCUGAGACUGCUACAUUGGAAGAGACUAUCUGGUACAACUUUUGGGGCUGGUCGAAGAAAACUAAGCUCAUUAUUAAGAGAACAGCUACUUUGAUGAUGGUUACGGGUGUUAACACUUUCGUGCAAUUGUAUGUUACGCUUGAGGGUGUUGAGGCGCUUGGUGCUGUGGCGUAUUCAAGUGUCUGGAUUGUGGCUGCGGGAAUUUGCGGGGCUGUUUUGGGGGCGGGUAGGGUUAGGAGGAAAUAA